GGCACGGCAACUGCACCGCUCAGCCCAACGCAUCACCGGGAGCACACUGCCUGCCCUUCAGGACAUCUACAGCACUCGGUGUCAAAGGAAGGUCAUGAAGAUCAUAAAGGACCUCAGCCACCUGAGCCACGGCUUGUUCACCACACUAUCAUCCAGAAGGCAAGGUAGGAAGUUUUGCUUCAUUGUGAUGAGGUUCUGGCAUAUGUCCACUGCUGAUGUUCCUGAGGACCAGGAGGGUACCAAGAUCUUCAAAAUGGCCACCACUGAAGAAGACGGCCCACAGAAGAAGAUAGUGACAGCUGUCUAUGAAUUCCACUGGGAGCUGACCAAGGGAGCUGAACCUGAUUGGACAGUCACUAACAUCUGGCACUAGAAACUGAUAGGGUGAUUAGACAAGACCCAUGAACACCUCUGUCACCAGGAUACAGCAUCAAACCAAGCAUACACAGUAUCGUUGACCUAAUUCAGCUCGGACAACAUUAAACUCAACAAAACGUUAUUAACCAACAGGACUUCAAUCAGCAGGACCAUUGUACUCAGCCAAGCGCACACAAACUCAACUGAAAUAUUACAAGUCAACAGAAGAGUCAUCUUGAAUCCUAGCUGCUUUGUAGGGUGGACUGGAUGGAACCAGAGCCCUACAACCUGAAAUACAGACCUAUUAUUUAUUCCUAAGUUCUCCGAUCUCAGGUUUGUUGGGAACAAUAGACUUUCUAUGAACCUCAGCAUGAACAAUUAGUUCAAACAAUAUCCCUGCUGUUAUAGUUUGUCCCAGAACAAAAUAAACUGCUUCACGGUGA